AAUUAUUGUUGUAAAACAGUUUUAUUUUACACGUUACGCUGAUAACACGAAUUAUUUAUAAAAGUGAAAAUGGCCGACGAAAAAUCGGGAAAAAGUUUAGAGACCGCGAAAAAGACGACAUCUUCAAAUGAAGUGAAUAUCGACCGAAUGUCAAUUGCAGAAGGCUCCACUACAGAAAUAAAAGGCAUCGAUGCGAACCGCUAUGCUACGAAAAAGACCGUUGCACAGGGCUUGCUGGACAUAGCUUUGUUGACAUCGAACGCAUCGCAGCUGAAGUACAUAAUACAAGUGGGGCCCAAGCACGAAUUCUAUACGCUGCUCGUCACAUUGAUCACCAUUUCGAUUAUUUUACAGGUAUUAUCUGCCGUUGGUUCAGUAAUUCUCGGUUUCAUAUUUGACAUCAAUCACCAGCCUCACCACCGUCGUGCCGAAAUAUUGAAUAACCUUUAUCUGGGUACUAAAACUAUUAGUACGACGGUAAAUGUGAUGAUUUCUGUAUUUUAUUCUCUCGACGUAUCUGCAAAUGUGGCGACUCUAAAUACUACACUUAAUGCAAUAUAGCUGAUUUUCUUUGCUCUAAAUUUCUUUUUGUUUUUUUCAAUAUAGAUGGUGUAGAAUGAUUUAUAUAAAGACCUAAUUGGCAUAGACAUUCGUAAAUUUGUGUUAUAUUCGCAACUGUUCACCGUAUUCAUAUUUUAUGCUAUUUAUCACACUUUAUACUAGCCUUUGAUAUUCAAUUUAUUCGAUUAUAUAUUAUAUUUUGUAAUAAAACAAAUAUAAUAUUACUUACACGAAAACAAAAUGUUGUUUAAGUCUUGAAAAUAUACUGUUCAAUUUUUAAUUGUUUACUUGAGGGCGAAUAUUAUAGCACUUAAUACCCUUAAAUUUAUAUAAAAAUGACAAUUAUAUGUAGUGUUCAUUGAUCAAUCUACCUUUGUAUAUUUUUUAUCACAUUCAAAAUCCUAUUCUUUUUCCGAUACAUAAAUGAUUAUUGUUACUGUGUAAAACACUAUAAUAAUAUAUUUAAUAUAAUAUGUAAAUAAACUGU